AUGGAGGCGACGCCUGCACGAGCCGCGCCAAGCGUGGCUCCGCUUCCAGCGCCUCCAGCGCCGGACACGCGGCACACGCGGGACACGCGGGACACGCGGGACACGCCUCUGGUCUGCGAGGGAAGCGCAGGGUCAAGCGGCCCAAGGAGGCGAAGGUCAUCCCCCAGCCUGUGGGAAUCCCUCGGCCAGAUCCACCUGCCUCGGAGGAGGAGGAGGCCGAUUGGUGCCAAGUCCACCGCCAUGGUGAGGCGCGGCGUCUCUCAAGACGGGAGCGCGACCGCGAUGGGGAGCGCGAGCAAGCGAGGAAGCCGGUCUCAAUGCCUGCCGGCAGGCCGCUUCUCUCGCAGCCGGAGAAGGCCAAGGUGCCACAGCCUGAGAGGCCGGCAGAGUCCAAGUCAGGCCACUGGGCUGGGGAUGGAAGCAAUGCAGAGAGGCUCAGGAGCCCCACCGCCGGCCAACGCCAAGGCGGCGCCUGAGGCUCCGACGCCUGACACUGCGCUGAAGUUGGCCGCGCCUGAAGUGCCUGACGCGCCUUUGUUGAGCGAAGCUUCAAAAGAUGUGCUGAAGGUCCUUUCCCGGCCGCCGCCGCCGGCGCUUCCACCGCCCUGUCCAGCAGGCCAAGAGAUCCUGCGGUGGCUGCACUUCGAGCCGGCUCCGGAGCCCACGGUCUUGAAUGACAUGGGCUGCCUUUCCGGAGGUACUGGCGGCACUCCUGGGGUGUGGCUUGAGAAGGUGGAAGUGGAGCAGCCCGCCGGGCGCGACUGGCGCUUUUAG